AUGGUUUCUCUCAAAGCUCUCUCAACAAUCUUUUUUCUUAUACUCGGCGUUGGCAUUUGCUACGCAACUAGCCGGAAUCUCUUAACAUACGGGAAUAUCCCCGCUGGUCAUGGUGGUGGCGGUGGAGGAGGACACGGUGGUGGUGAAGGUUAUGGAGGAGUGAGUGGUGGUGGUUAUGGGGGCGGUAGUGGAGAAGGUGGUGGUGGUGGAUAUGGAGGAGCUGAAGGGUAUGCUGCUGGCGGUGGUGGUGGUCACGGUGGUGGCGGUGGUGGAGGUAGUGGUGGUGGUGGUGGAGCUGCUUAUGGCGGUGGAGGAGAUCAUGCUAGUGGUUAUGGAAGUGGUGGUGGUGGUGGUGAAGGAGCUGGUGGUGUAAUUGGUGGUCAUGCUGGCGGGGGAGGUGGUGGUGGAGGAUCUUAUGGUGGUAGUGCUUACGGAGGGGGUGAAGGAGGAGGAGCUGGAGGAGGAGGUGCGUCAGGAGCCGGAGGGUAUGGAGGCGGUGGUGGUGGAGGAAGUGGUGGAGGAGGAGCUUACGGUGGAGGUGGAGCACAUGGAGGUAGUUAUGGAAGUGGUGGUGGUGGUGGUGAAGGAGGUGGUUAUGGUGGUGCAGCAGGUGGAUAUGGAAGUGCUGGUGGAGGCGGUCACGGUGGUGGUGGUGGUUCAGGCGGUGGAGGCUAUGCCCCAUGA